AUGAUCAUGAUACAGCAGCAGCAGCAGACCACUGCUCCGCCGUCACAGCCAAUCAAUUACCCUUCCUCUUCUUCCCUUAGAUCCCCCACGAACGCCACCCCCACAUCCAACUCUCACCCUCCUGCACCUAUCUCUCUCCGCACACAUUCCGGGUCCCACCGGCCCCAUAAUCCCGAUCAUGUUAUUGGCUCGGUGGUGCCGAUUGCCGCGGUCCUUACGUCAGGAGAAAUGAUGAUAGCACCACUGGCAAGGGUUCGGCUUUCGGAUGUAGUACCUUACGAUGGGGCCCCCUCUGAGCCCUACGUGAAGGCGGUGGAGGCCUUGUCUGGUUCUCUUAUGAGGCAUAAUGCUGCGGUGAUUGUGCUUGGGACUGAAGACGCCGCUAUAAUGCGUUGUGGGUUGGAAUCGGCCAGGUUGUAUUUUAGGACGAGGGGUCAAAGUGGGGGUACUGCAAGUUGGGCCAAGGGGACUCGUGGGGUUUAUAUGUAUAGGGCUGGAAGGUAUCAACUCUGA